AUGACAGCAACAAGUGAUGAAGAGCUGAUUCGCAUGAGACAAUUGAAAUCAUCACUCUAUGAACCUAAAUUAAUGACACCUCUAUCAUCAGAGAUAUUUAAUUGGCAAGGAUCGGAUGCAUCUGAAAAAAACAAAAUUUUACACGUUAGAAAUGGGUUGACUUUCACACCGUAUGCUUUUGCAAGGAUUUGCAAUGCCAACUGUCAUUUCUGCAGUGAAAAUUUAGAAAGAAUGCAAGAUGAGAAUCCUAGUUCUAAAAAGAAGAUGAAUUCAUAUCCUACUAAAAGAAUCAAAGAUUAUGAUCAGUAUUUUAAAGGGCUUGAAAAAUCCUUCCAAAUUCUUGAUAACAUUCAAAAAGAAAAGGGAAAGUUAAAUAUGGGAUUGUCACUUUCUGGAUUGGAAGCAACAAGUGAACCUAAUUGGUUUCAGAGAUUUUGUGAAUUAUUGGAAAGAUAUCCAGAUUUAUUUGAUGAAAAGGUUUUGUAUUCGAAUGGAAGUGGAUUUGCUCUUUAUGCUCAAGAGGUUGUUGACAGUUUGAAAAAUCUUAAUUUUGAUAGAAUUGAAUUGAGUAGACAACAUUUUGAUGAACAAGUUAAUCAGAAGAUUAUGAGAUUUGAAAAGGUACAACCAAUUCGAUUGAAUGAUAUUUAUGAAAAUGUCACCAAGAAUGUACUUCCUCCAUUAUUCAAAGUUGUGAAGAAUUCAUGCAUUCUCACUAAGGCAGGUAUCUCUAAUAUUGAACAAGUGGAACAAUAUUUGGAAUGGGCCAUUAAUUUGGGUGUAAAAAGAGUUGUCUUUAGAGAAUUGUCAGUGAUUGGAGAGGAAGGAUAUGAUAAUCAAAAUAAGACCAAACGUUGGAUUGAUGAGAAUAGAGUUACUAUUUCAUCAGUGCUCUCUCAAGUAGCUCCUACAUUCUCAAAUGUGAGAAAGAAUUUCAAUUACAUGUUCACAACAAUUGGAUAUUAUUACAUGAAUGAGAGUUACAGAUAUAAGGAUUCCAUUGAUGUGAUUUUUGAGACUAGUUCCUAUGAUGCACUAGCUAGUUCAUUUGAUAAGUAUCCUAAUGUUGUUAAUAAGCUAAUUUUCCAUCCGAAUGGUAAUUUGUCAUCUGAUUGGGAACAAGAUUCAAACAUUGUUGGUAAAUUCUUUUAA